CCUGAUACAUCUCUUAUGCUCUAUUUCCUUGUGACAGACAUCGAUGAGUGUACUAGUAAAAGUACUAUCCAUAAACAUAACUGUUCGGAUCCCAGCACCUGUAGAAACAAGGUUGGAGGCUUCUAUUGUAAGUGUCGAUCUGGUUACCGCUUAGAUACUACCAAAAUGAGUUGCAAGCGUAAAGACUUUGGAUGGGCUACCAUUCUUCUUGGAACAACCAUUGGCUUCUUGUCCAUCCUGCUUGCAGUUAGCUGUGUACGACAGAAAAUGAAGCACCGGAAUAACAGUCAGCUCCGACAAAAAUUCUUCGUACAAAAUGGUGGCGGCUUGUUAGUACAGAGACUCUCAGGAGGAGAGACAUCAAAUUCUAAUAUAAAAAUAUUCACUGAAGAAGGCAUGAAGACUGCAACCAAUGGUUAUGACCAGAGCAGAAUCCUUGGCCAGGGAGGCCAAGGAACAGUCUACAAAGGGAUAUUGCCUGACAACUCCAUAGUUGCAAUAAAGAAAGCUCGGCUUGGAGACAACAGCCAAGUAGAGCAGUUCAUCAACGAAGUGCUAGUUCUUUCACAAAUCAACCAUAGAAACGUGGUCAAGCUCCUAGGAUGUUGUCUGGAGACAGAAGUUCCCUUGCUGAUCUAUGAGUUCAUUAACAGUGGCACCCUUUUCGAUCACUUGCACGGUUCCUUCUCUAGUCUUUCUCUUACAUGGGAACACCGCCUGAGGAUAGCCGUGGAGAUAGCUGGAACUCUUGCAUAUCUUCACUCAUCUGCUUCUAUUCCAAUCAUCCACCGAGACGUCAAGACUGCUAAUAUUCUUUUGGAUGAAAACUUAACUGCAAAGGUAGCUGACUUUGGUGCUUCAAGACUAAUACCGAUGGAUAAAGAGCAGCUCACUACCAUGGUGCAAGGAACUCUAGGCUACUUAGACCCAGAAUACUACAACACAGGGCUCCUAAACGAAAAGAGUGAUGUUUAUAGCUUUGGGGUAGUCCUCAUGGAACUGCUCUCAGGUCAAAAGGCAUUGUGCUUUGAAAGGCCACAGUACUCUAAACAUCUGGUCAGUUACUUUGCUUCUGCCAUAAAAGAGAAUAGGGUGUAUGAGGUCAUUGAUGAGAAAGUGAUGACCGAGGAUAACAAGAUGGAGAUCAAGGAAGUUGCAAGAAUUGCUGUUGAGUGUACAAGACUGAUGGGAGAAGAAAGACCAAAGAUGAAGGAAGUAGCUGCAGAGCUUGAGGGAUUAAGAGUCACAAAAGACAAACAUCAUUGGUCGGAUCAGUACCCUGAGGAGACUGAGCACUUGGUCGGUGUUGAAAUCAUAUCGGCGCAAGGGGGUAGUAGUACCACUGACUAUGAUAGCAUCAAGAAUGUAGCAACGUUGCACAUUGAAGCUGGUCGCUGAUAUUUUUUAGUCAAAACUCUUAUCAAAAUCACAUCUAAGUAUCUUUGUUUUGUUUUAUUGUAAUAAAAAAAUGAAGUCAGUCA